AUGGAUACUGCCGCUGUGAGGUCCUUGCUCGCCGCUAGCUUGGACCCUGAUGCAGACAGCCGAAGGCGUGCUGAGAUUCAGUUAAAAUCGAUCGAAGAACAGCCCGGUUUCCUCGAAUGUCUGCUCGAUAUUCUACAAGCCGAACAGGAGGCUAGCGUUCGCCUGUCAACCGUAAUUUACGUCAAAAACCGUGUCAACCGCUCAUGGUACAACAAUGAGGGUUACUCUACCGAGCCCCCGUCCACCCCAAUCCCCGAAGAUGAGAAGGCUCGUGUGCGAGACCGCCUUCUGCCGAUUCUUGCUGCCUCCGAAGGCCUCGUCCGCCAGCAGCUUAUCCCCGUCCUUCAGCGAAUCCUCCAAUAUGACUUCCCCGCUCGUUGGCCAAGAUUUAUGGACUUCACUCUCGAACUCCUGAAUAUAAAUAACCCAGGCUCCGUUCUUGCUGGUCUGCAAUGUCUACUUGCCAUCUGCCGUGCCUUCCGCUAUAAGUCGACCGAUUCCGACGACCGACAACACUUUGAUAAGAUCGUCGAGGCAAGCUUCCCUCGUCUUCUGGCUAUCUGCAACGAGUUGGUGAACCAGGAGAGCGAUGAGGCUGGCGAGAUGCUUCACCUUGCCUUGAAGGCCUAUAAGCAUGCGACAUGGUUGGAACUUUCCCCCACGUUGCGACAGCGCGAUGUCAACAUCGCUUGGUGUACUGUUUUCCUGCACACCGUCUCCAAGACCUGCCCUGCCAGUGCCAUGCAGGGUGACCAGCACGAGCGCGAGAAGCAUCACUGGUGGAAGGCCAAGAAAUGGGCUUUCUUCAACCUGAACCGUCUCUUCAUUCGACACGGCAACCCUGCCAGCCCAGGCAAGGGCGAAGAAGCGCUUGCUUUCGCCAAGGACUUCACUGCGAACAUUGCUCCCGAAAUUCUCAAGCACUACCUCCAAGAGAUCGAGAAAUGGGUCGCCAAAACCUCUUGGCUCAGCCGGCCUUGUCUUUCAUACACUCUGGUUUUCCUCGACGAGUCAGUCCGUCCAAAGGAGAUGUGGGCACACCUGAAGCCUCACCUUACCAACCUGGUCACUCACUUCGUCUUCCCCGUCCUCUGCCUUACCGAGGAGGAUGUCGAGCAAUUCGAGGAUGAGCCCGAUGAGUAUCUUCACCGAAAGCUCAACUACUUCGAGGAGGCGUCCGCUCCUGAUGUCGCAGCCACAAACUUCCUUGUCAACCUCACCAAGAACCGCCGCAAGGAGACUUUCGAGAUCCUCAAGUUUGUCAACGCCGUAGUCAACGACUAUGAGCAGGCCGAAGAUGACAAGAAGAACCACAUUGCCAAGGAGGGUGCCUUGCGCAUGAUCGCUACUUUGGCUCCUGUUAUCCUGGGCAAAAAGAGUCCCAUUGCGGACCAGGUUGAAUACUUCCUUGUUCGUUAUGUUUUCCCUGACUUUACUAGCUCGCAGGGCUAUCUCCGUGCUCGCGCUUGCGACACCAUCGAGAAAUUCGAGCAGCUUAACUUCCAGGAUCAAAACAAUCUCCUCACCAUCUACCGACACAUCCUGGACUGCAUGGCUGAUCCUGCCCUCCCCGUCCGUGUCACCGCUGCGCUCGCUCUUCAGCCUCUUAUCCGACACGACAUCAUCCGAACGAGCAUGCAACAGAAUAUCCCCACCAUCAUGCAGCAGCUUCUCAAGCUCGCCAACGAAGCCGAUAUCGAUGCGCUCGCAAACGUCAUGGAGGAUUUCGUCGAGGUUUUUGCUACUGAGCUCACUCCAUUCGCAGUGGCUCUCAGCGAACAACUCCGAGAUACUUACAUGAGGAUCGUUCGUGAGCUUCUCGAGAAAGAGAGCAAGGUUGGCGAUGAUGGGGAACUUUACAACGAAUACGAUGACAAGAGCAUCACUGCCCUUGGUGUCUUGCAAACUAUUGGUACUUUGAUCCUCACUCUUGAGAGCACUCCUGAUGUCCUGCUCCACAUCGAGGCUGUCCUCAUGCCUGUCAUCAAGGUGACCCUGGAGAAUAAGCUUUAUGAUCUUUAUAACGAAGUGUUUGAAAUCAUCGAUAGCUGCACAUUCGCCGCCAAGUCUAUCUCUCCAACUAUGUGGCAGGCCUUUGAGCUGAUUCACACUACCUUUAAGGCGGGUGCUGAGUACUACCUUGAGGAUAUGCUGCCAGCCCUGGACAACUUUGUUCAGUUUGGUGCUCCUCAGUUGGCUCAGAAGCCCGAGUAUACUCAAGCCCUUUACUCCAUGGUUGCCGACAUGUUCACCGACAGUAUCCAGGGCGGGGUCGAGAGAAUAUGUGCUUGCAAGUUGGCAGAGGCCAUGAUGCUUAGCUUGAAGGGCCAGAUUGAUAGCUGCGUUGAAGGUUUCAUUAACAUUGCCAUGACCAUUCUAGCCAACGAGGAUAUCAAGGUCAAGAGUUAUCGCAUUCACCUGAUGGAGAUGGUGAUCAACUCGAUCCACUACAACCCUCUUCUCACACUCCAGGUUCUUGAGAACAAGGGCUGGACAAACCGUUUCUUCAGCCUCUGGUUUGGCAGCAUGACAGCUUUCACUCGUGUCCACGACAAGAAGCUGUGCAUCGUUGCUAUCUCAGCUCUUCUUAGCCUCAACCCUGAGCACGUCCCACAAAGUGUGUCUGUUGGUUGGCCGAGAUUGCUUCAGGGCAUUACUGAGCUGUUCCGCUCCCUCCCUGCUGCCCAAAAGAACCGUGACGAGGCUCUGCGCGAUGAUUUCCACCUCGAGUCUACUUACGAUUAUGGUGAGGAGGAUGAGUGGGAUGACGAUGGGGCCAACUGGAACGCCGAAGAGGAGGAAGAGACCGGCGAGACGGCUGAGUCCAAGGACGAGAGCACUGCUUACCUUAAUUUCCUCAACGAGGAGGCCCAAAAGUUCAGCCGAGCUAUCGAUGACGCCGAAGAAGAUGAUCUCGGCGAGGAUUCUGUUCUACUCGAGUCACCGCUCGACAAGAUUGAACCCUACCAGCUCUUCCGCAACACGUUAAUGAAAAUGCAAGCAGAGCAACCCCAAUUCUAUGGCGGUUUGGCCGGGCACCUUACAGCUGAUGACCAGAACGUUAUUCAGAACGUGAUGGUCAAGGCCGAAGAGAUUGCUGCGCAGCAGGCCCAACAGGCGCAGCAAGCACAGCUUCUCGCCCAGCAGCAAGCUGCCGCCAUGGCUGCCAGCCUAGGCGCACAGAACGGAGGUGCCAGCUAA